AGAUUCUGUGCUGUAGUGUGAGCGUGCAGACUGUGACAUGGACUUUUAAACAAUUUUUACAGCGUUUUAGGCCUUGGAGCGAUUACUAAAGCACAUACCUCGCUGAUUAUUAUCCAUUUAUGGGAGAAAAGCAGUGUUUAAGCCGCACGGGGCAGGAAUAUUUGUAAAAAGCUGUUUAAAAGACCGCCCGGCUAAUAAUAGUUGUCUGUUAGCAGUUAGCCGCUAGUGAAGCUACACAAAAGGAAUACGGUUUUUAGCGUUGAAAAUACAAUCAAACUAAACCGAACUGCCAGGAAUGUAACUGCACAGGUCUAGCAAAACGUAUGUUUAACAGUAAUUACACAAUUAUCAUCGUUUAUAUUGUUAAAUAGGUGUUUUACUGAGCCAGGUAGUCCUGAUUUUGGGCUAUUGUCUGCUCCAAACGUGAUAUCAACGCUUUUUUAAAGGAAAUGAAGAGACUAAUAAGGACUUAAAUCACAAAAUGGAGCUGGACUGGCACAGAAGUCUCGCUAAAAGAGGAAGUUAACAAGACGCCCGCUCGUUUUGAUGUGUGAUACUGUGGUUAAACCUUUCUAUGGUCCAGUGAGGUUAAGUUUUACCUGCACAUUGUGAGGGGAAAGUGUUAAAAUUUGGCUCAAAGCUGAAGGUUCUUGGACAUUUCUCUCUUCACAAGACACGAACUGCUGUUAUAAUCUUAAAAAGAAACAUGGCAGCCCCCGCAAACGAGGCCUUAUUUCUCAUAAAGGACGUGAAGCCCGGAUCUAAAAAUCUCAAUAUAGUGUUCAUUGUUUUGGAAAUAGGCCGAGUGACCAAAACUAAAGACGGACACGAGGUGCGCUCCUGUAAAGUGGCGGAUAAAAGCGGAAGCAUCGCCAUUUCCGUUUGGGACGAGCUCGGGAGCCUCAUUCAACCGGGCGACAUCAUCAAACUCACCAGAGGGUACGCGUCCUUGUGGAAAGGCUGUCUCACACUGUACACGGGACGAGGGGGCGACCUGCAGAAGAUCGGAGAGUUCUGUAUGGUUUAUUCUGAGGUGCCCAACUUCAGUGAACCAAACCCAGAGCUGCUGGUCCAGGCCAACCAGCAGAACAAACCUGGAAAACCCGACCAGAACCAGAACCAGAACCAGAGAGGAAACUCCCCUCCCAACCAGAACUCAGGUACAACUGCCCCUCCAGGUAACGGUGCCAUGACGUCCUUCUCCACAGGGGGCGCUCCUCCACCCGCCGCGUCCGGGGGCUUCGGGACGUCCCGCCCGAACGGACGCGCUCCCGGGAACAACGGCGCCUCCCAGAGCUCGGCGACAGGACUGCCCCAAAACCCCAGCUCCAAAUCCUCCUCCGUGUCCAUCAGCAACGGAAGGGACCCGCGGCGAGCUAAGAGAUGAAACACGCCACUGCUGCGCUAACCUGCCCCCGCGGCGAGCAGAGGGCGGACAGAACACACACGGCACAUAGGCCUGUCACGAUAACGAAAUAAAAGUCAGAUAUGUUCACACGGUAAAUAAAAGUGCGAUAUAUUCAUACGGUAAAAAGAAACAUGAUGGUUCUGGAAGUAAAUUUUCCAUGGUUUUCCCUGUAGAUUUUCCCAAAAAAAAAAAAAGGAAUUCAGUCUAGUCCUCGCUCUACCGUGUCUCGAACCACAACCUAACACGAGUAAAAAAAUCAGAUUUAUUUCAGAGACGCAUGUGAAAUGUGGUCAUCCGUCAGUUUAGUAUUUUCUCAUAAAUUCUGCAGAAAUUUGUGACGUUUUUUCAAUCCCUUGUGAGAUUUUUUAUCCUUUUUUUUCCCCCUCAUAAGCCGCCAUGUUUGUUUUGAUACAGACGGGCCAUGCUUGUCUCUGAUUGGCUAAACCAGCAGUGACCAGACUCGCACGUUCGUAAAGUUUUGUUUUAUUUUAAGUUUGUGUUCUGGAUCUUUGGGAAAAUGAACACAAGACCCAUCAUUCUACACAAGAUCUGUUCUGAAACUUGAUUUAAAUUAUACGUAACCUUUCGAAUUUCGCAUGUUAUGGACGUUUCUUCUCACGUAGCGCCGUUGUGCCUUUUUAAACUUUCAAUAUUUGCGUUUUUUGAAAAGACUUUGGGGAAAAACUGAUGGAAAAUUUACACCAGGAACCAGAGCAGACGUCGAAAUGGGACUUUUGAGCUCCACAUUGAAACUACUUUACCUUAAAACACCUUAAAGCAGCAGUUUCAGGCCAACGUUUCACACUUUUAACAGUUAAGUCUAGUGUCUUCAAUGUGCCAUAGAUGUUUAAUUAUUCAACCAGCUAAAAAGUGAGUAAAAAGGUACACGCGAUGAUCCUUACGCCUGAAAAAACACUGUUGUCGUUGUGAUUAUCGUGACAGGUUUAUGUCAAAAAUCAACUUAAAAAUGUUUCCUCCAGGGCUGGGUGAUAAAACCAAUGACUUUUGUUUUACAUUAAUCUAAAAAAAACAAACACAAAACAAUUACAGCUGCUGAUCUCGUCUCAUGAAUCGUGCCAAAUUACCCGAUAAACACUGGAUUUAUUUAAACGUAUGACAUUUAUAUAUUGUUUUCUGGGCUUUGACAAGAUCUGAUUUUUUUUUUUUCUAUUUUGAUAAUAUUAUUUGAAAAUAUUUAGUGUUCUGUUAACCUUAAACCGUUGUUUUUUAUCUGAUAAUUGCAAUUUAGAUUUGAAAUACGUGAUUAAAAAGUAGGAUUCUGUUUAAAGAGCACAUUUAAACAACUCAAACAACACUUUCAGAACAUGUUUGUAGACGUUUAAACUACAGGUUCUGCAGCUUUUACACAGAAUAAAACCCAAUCGAGACGAAGGAGGAAAUAUUUAGACUUCAGUUAACCUUAAUCUGGUUCAAAUCUACUAUAAUAGUUCAGUAGGAAGUUAUUUUUUUCCACUAGUUGAACCAAAAAAGACAUUACCAAGUCUUUGUUUAAAACGGGGCUGUCCAAACUACGGCCCAGGGGCCAAAUGCGGCCCUCAUGCCUCCUCCUAAACUGGCCCAAUUGAUCAGGAAGUUGUUUUUUUUUUACCACAAAUUGAACAGAUUCUACCUCUAUAACCUGAGUAACAUCACAUCGCAUCGUGACACAGACCUAAAAAUAAUCUAUCUUCCAAGUCUUUUUAAAUUUACAAUAAAAAAAAAAGCUAAAACUACCUGAACACGAACAGCCACUUCAUUCUCAAGUUGUCUCGGGGCAGAAGUGGCACAGAAAAGUUCUAUAUUUCAGUUGUUGUGUAAUAUUUUGGUUGACCCGUUUAACGUUUUUCACUUUUAUUUUUCAGACAUUAUGAAAUUCUUGACAAAAACUUGAAAUUAUUCUGUAUUUGGCCAGUUAUUACCCAGCCCUUUGACAAAUAUUUGGAUUUAAUUGACGUGUAGCGAUAGCCAUUUGAACUCCAGGGGUCAAAAUCUGUCUUUCUUCACCAAACCGUUUAGUGCCAGUGUUUUUCUCAUCCGUCUCCUCUUCAUGGAAAAUGUUUCAAACUACGCACCAAACGUGAACUUGGAACACUCUCGCACUUUGUUAAGAUGACACAGUCUGCUCAUUUUAAAUUAAGUGACUGAUAAAAGGUGCAGAAGGAAACAAGAUGGAGGAGGUUUUUUCAUUUUUUUUUGGGGUCGUUAUGUUUUUAUCAAGGAGGGACCACACAAAAUGGCCGUCGACUCGAAGCCGAAUAAAAAUGAUGUGAACAGUUAAAAUGGAGGAGGUGCAAAUGUGGAGAAACAGACAGGGGACUGGGCCGGGACUGGGCCGGGACUGGGCCGGGACUGGGCCGGGACUGGACUCGUGUAAGAAUUUGUUUAACUCAAGAAGCCAUUACAAAAUCAUGUCUGUAAUAAAAGAGGAAUAAACCAGGACUAGAUCAAAAGGAAAUGUUCACUGCAAAUACUUAUUCCAUGGAAAAUGAGGAUUUAGACCAAGACUGGACCGGGACUGGACCGGGACUGGACCGGGACUGGACCGGGACUGGACCGGGACUGGACCAGGAAGAAUCUAGACCAGGACUAAUUCUGGUCAAGACGAGGAUUGGACAGGAAUUAAAUGUUCAUUGUAAAUGUUUAUUCCAUAGAAGAUGAGGAUUAUGCUAGGACUAGACCAGGACUAGACCAGGACUAGACCAGGACUAGACCAGGACUAGACCAGGACUAGACCAGGACUAGACCAGGACUAGACCAGGACUAGACCAGGACUAGACCAGGACUAGACCAGGACUAGACCAGGACUAGACCAGGACUAGACCAGGACUAUUAAACUUUCGGUGCAGUUGUUUAUCUAUAGAAAUAACCAGGAUGUAUCUCAAAUAAACUAGGACUGGACCUAAACUGGACUCGACCAGGACCUCGACCAGGACCUCGACCAGGACCUCGACCAGGACCUCGACCAGGACUCACUCGUGUAAGUACUUGUUUCACUGAAGACGCUUGGACUGAAUCAUGUUUGGAAUAAAAUCUGUAUAAAUCAGAUCUAAACAGAACUCUUGAGUAGGUCACUCCUCAAAGUCUGUGUCAUUUCCUUCUCUAAAGCGCCAUCUGGUGGUUUAAAAAGGCGCUGCGUCCUCAGCACAGAGCUCGUUCACUCAGAGCUCUGCAGAUAAAUGUGGGCUGAUGUAGAACAAAUCAAAACUAACCAAGAAGAUAAUGUGAUUUUCUUCCAUUAAAGCGUAAGAUAGCGCCCCCUUGUGGUGUGGUCCGGUCUUGCUCCUGUCUGCUUCUCUGAAUCCGCCUGUGCAAAUAAACUUUACUUCUCAAUGUUUCUGGCUUAAAAAAAAUGUCAAAUAUUGAAAAUGUUUUUGUUUUUGCUUUUGUCGUUGACUCGUCUCUUUUUUUCCAGGUGAAACGUAAAUCUUAAGCAUCAAACACACUUUUAAAACACAACUUCACUGAAUAAUAAAAAAGUCCCUGAACUCUGACUCCAUAGCGCCAUCCAGUGCACAACAGCCAACACUGCAGUCGGCAAAAUGGUGGCCCAAGCACAA